ACCGGAAACGUAUAUUCACCAAUCACGUCCAGCGUUGUUGCUCCGACUGAAGGAACCUGCAGAAGCAAAAAUGGCGGAACGUGGAUACAGUUUCUCUCUCACCACAUUUAGUCCUUCGGGUAAACUGGUCCAGAUUGAGUAUGCCCUGGCAGCCGUAGCAGCAGGAGCCCCCUCAGUCGGGAUCAAAGCAUCCAAUGGCGUUGUACUAGCAACAGAAAAGAAACAGAAGUCCAUCCUUUACGAUGAGCAGAGUGUUCAUAAGGUGGAACCCAUCACCAAGCACAUAGGGAUGGUGUACAGUGGGAUGGGGCCUGACUACAGAGUUUUGGUACGUCGAGCCAGAAAAUUGGCCCAACAGUACUUCUUGGUCUACCAGGAGCCCAUCCCCACUGGACAGUUGGUUCAGAGAAUUGCCUCUGUCAUGCAGGAAUAUACACAGUCUGGCGGGGUGCGUCCAUUUGGUGUGUCAUUGCUGAUUGCCGGAUGGGAUGAAGAUCAACCCUACUUGUUCCAGUCUGAUCCUUCUGGAGCGUACUUCGCAUGGAAGGCCACAGCCAUGGGGAAGAACUAUGUAAACGGCAAAACAUUCCUAGAAAAAAGGUACAACAAUGACCUGGAAUUGGAAGAUGCCAUCCACACUGCCAUCUUGACACUGAAGGAGAGCUUUGAGGGCCAGAUGACGGAGGAGAACAUCGAGGUCGGGAUCUGCAACGAGGCUGGCUUCAGACGGCUCACCCCCGCUGAGGUCAAAGACUACCUGGCAGCCAUUGCGUGAACUGUUUUGUUUUUUUCUGUCUACAUGACCCUGUUUUUUCAAUUAAAGACAUGGCAGAGUAACUACA